AUGCAACGGUGGCUCCCGGCGCUCCUCCGCCGCGCGGCGCCCGCGGUCUCCGGCGGCGGCGGCGCGGCGCGGCUCUUCGCCUCGUCCUCCCUCCUCUUCGACGACACGCAGGUCCAGUUCAAGGAGAGCGUGCGCAAGUUCGCGCAGGAGGCCAUCGCGCCGCACGCGGCGGCGAUCGACGCCUCCAACCACUUCCCGCGGGAGGUGGACCUGUGGAGGCUCAUGGGGGACUUCAACCUCCACGGCCUCACGGCGCCCGAGGAGUACGGCGGGAUGGGGCUCGGCUACAUGUACCACUGCAUCGCCAUGGAGGAGAUCACCAGGGCCUCCGGCGCCGUCGGCCUCUCCUACGGCGCCCACUCCAACCUCUGCAUCAACCAGCUCGUUCGGCACGGCAACCCGGAGCAGAAGCUCAAGUAUCUGCCCAAGCUCAUCAGUGGGGAGCAUAUCGGGGCACUGGCGAUGAGUGAACCCAACUCUGGCUCUGAUGUCGUCAGUAUGAAGUGCAAAGCUGAGAAAGUGGACGGUGGCUAUGUCCUUAAUGGGAAUAAGAUGUGGUGCACCAAUGGGCCGUCUGCUCAGACACUGGUCGUUUAUGCAAAAACAGAUCUAGCUGCAGGAUCAAAAGGAAUAACUGCAUUCAUAAUCGAGAAAGGGAUGCCCGGGUUUAGUACUGCUCAGAAGUUGGACAAACUUGGCAUGAGAGGAAGCGACACAUGUGAGCUCGUUUUUGAGAACUGCUUUGUGCCACGUGAAAAUGUCCUUGGUGAAGAAGGCAAAGGUGUUUAUGUCAUGAUGUCAGGGCUUGAUCUGGAAAGGCUUGUAUUAGCUGGGGGUCCUAUUGGGCUUAUGCAGGCAUGCCUUGAUGUUGUACUUCCAUAUGUUCGCCAGAGGGAGCAAUUUGGCCGUCCAAUUGGUGAAUUUCAGUUCAUACAGGGGAAAAUGGCUGAUAUGUACACCUCAUUGCAGUCGUCAAGAUCAUUUGUAUACUCGGUCGCUAGGGACUGCGAUAAUGGCAAAGUUGACCGCAAGGAUUGUGCAGGAGUAAUUCUCUUUGCUGCUGAAAAUGCAACCCAAGUUGCACUUCAGGCAAUCCAGUGUCUUGGUGGAAAUGGGUACAUAAAUGAGUACCCAACUGGUCGUCUCCUGAGAGAUGCAAAAUUGUUUGAGAUUGGUGCUGGUACUAGUGAGGUAAGACGAAUGAUAAUUGGCCGUGAGCUCUUCAAAGAGGACUGA